AGCCUUCGAUAGCAACAUACUAAACGUGUAGUACCAGAUCCUGUGCAUCUUUAUAGCCAGUGUAAUUCUUGUCAGUCUCAGUGGAACCUCUAACACUGACCAUGCUCAUUUUCCUUUUGCUUCUGACAACUGCUGGUCAUGGAGAUGCACAACGCUUCAAUGGCCUUCAGAAGGAUGAUUCGUGUUCGUGUAAGGUGAACAGUAGUGUCUGGGCGUUCCCUACCGUGAGGUUCGAGGGGGUGCAGCAGCUGGUGGAGGAAUGUGGGGAAUCCCUGAAGCAACUCCAGGCACAGGUAAUGCUGUCCACCGAGAUGAUUCCUAAGAUCCUGGCCACCUUUAACAACUUGACAGCUCGCCUGGAGCCUUACCAGUACCUGAACAACCUGGGUCUGUACACCCCCCUGCAGCUGCGUCAGCUGGCCCAGGAACUGACGGAGCUGGAGAAAGACAUCGCCUCCGUACACAACCUCAAACCAAGCCAUCAGACUCAAGAACUGACCAACGAGAUAAGUAAAGUGCGUAAGAAGGUAGAUAGGAUGCAUCUGUCGAACACCUUUAACAUGAAGACGGUAAAAGAAAAACUUCGCACUCUGAAGAACGGCGUGGAGACGUGUAGGACAAUCCCUGAGAAGUUCAUUAGCAAGCAAGGUGUUUGCUCUCAACGGAUCAUGUCCAACAUCAGCACCCCAGUGUCACAAAAGAUCAGCCCAUUUGGCAAAAGCUAUGUGUCUGGAUCCUGGGGUCGCCAGGCCAAGAAAAGCACGGAUGACGAGGAGGUCAUCGAGGACUUCUACUGGGUUCAGCCCCUCGUCAGCAGCAACAGACUGGGAAAUGUCGUCCGUCGCUACAAAACCUACGACGACUUCAUGGCCUCCAGGAACCAGGAGGAUGUGUCUGUGGCCCCGUCGUACAGCCACGCCAACGCCAUCCAGGGCUCCGGCACCGUGGUGUACGGCAACGCGGUCUUCUUCAACUGCUACAUGUCCACGGAGCUGUGCCGCUACGACCUACAGACCAAGGCCACGAGGCGUCUGAACAUACCCGACCUCGGCGCUAACAACCAGUUCCCCUACUGCUACUACAACUGCAAGGACUGGACGGACGUGGACUUCGCUGUGGAUGAGACCGGCCUGUGGGUCAUCUACACCACGCUGGGCAAUCACGGAAACCUGAUGCUCAGCAGGCUGGACAGCCAGGCGUUCAACGUGACACACACCUGGACGACGCGUCUCUUCAAGAAGUCGGUGACUAACGCGUUCAUGGUGUGCGGCGUGCUGUACGCCACCCGUUACGUCGACCGGUUCCGGGAGGAGGUGUUCUACGCGUUUGACACGGCGACCGGUCAAGACGACAACACUCUGGCCCUGCCACUGGAGAAGAUUGAGGGAGGCGUGGCCAGUCUCACAUACAACCCCAUUGACAGGCAACUGUAUAUGUAUAAUGAAGGCUACCUUCUGUCCUACAAAGCUAUAUUUUAAAAUCGACCUUUUACCAGACGGGUACACUCAACUCUUGGAGCGUUAACAGCAAUUAGUGGAUGCAGAUGUCAUGUGCAAUUAAGUUUUAUUUAAUUCCACCUCCCAAAUUAUAGGCCGCAUGUACACGGCCCAAUGUCAUGAAAACAAAAUGUUAUGUGUCGUUGGAGAUAGUAAACUGAGUUGGGUAUUACCGUGUAACCAUAUAUAUGAUUCAUGUAUUCUUUCUGCUUCUCUGUUGACUUCCUCCUUGAAAAUAAAAUCACAGCAAUGUUGAA